CACCCUAUGGCGUUGCCUUCAGGGAACAGCUCUUCUCAUCCUGUGUCCUUCAUCCUGCUUGGAAUCCCAGGACUGGAGACUAUCCAAUUCUGGAUUGCCUUUCCAUUCUGUGCCACGUACAUUGUGGCUGUGCUUGGGAAUAUCACUCUCCUUCACAUAAUCCGAAUUGACCACACCCUGCACGAGCCCAUGUACCUCUUUCUGGCUAUGCUGGCCAUCACUGAUCUGGUCCUCUCCUCCUCCACCCAGCCUAAGAUGUUGGCCAUAUUCUGGCUCCACGCCCAUGAGAUUGAAUAUCAUGCCUGCCUCAUCCAGGUGUUCUUCAUCCACACCUUUUCUUCAGUGGAGUCUGGGGUGCUCAUGGCAAUGGCCUUGGACCGCUACGUGGCUAUCUGCUUCCCACUCCAGCACUCUAGCAUCCUGACCCCAUCAGUAGUGAUCAAACUGGGGGCCAUUGUGCUAAUGAGAGGGAUUCUCUGGGUGAGCCCCUUUUGCUUCAUGGUUUCCAGGAUGCCCUUUUGCCCUAGCCGGGUCAUUCCCCAGUCGUACUGUGAGCAUAUGGCUGUGCUAAAGUUGGUGUGUGCUGAUACUAGAGUCAGUCGUGGGUACGGGCUCUUUGUGGCCUUCUCUGUAGUUGGCUUUGACGUGAUUGUCAUCAGUGUGUCAUAUGUGAUGAUUCUGAGAGCUGUGCUGAGGUUGCCCUCAGGUGAAGCUCGCCUCAAGGCUUUUGGCACGUGUGCCUCUCAUAUCUGUGUUAUCUUGGCUUUCUAUAUCCCAGCCCUUUUUUCCUUUCUCACCCACCGUUUUGGCCAUCAUGUGCCCCACAUGGUGCACAUCUUGUUUGCUAAUCUCUACCUCCUGGUGCCUCCCAUGCUCAACCCCAUCAUCUAUGGGGGUAGAACCAAACAGAUCAGGGACAGAAUAGUUCAAGGAUAUUGUGGAAAAGACCUCUGA